AUGCCCUCAAUGGAAGCACCGACCAAAAGAGCGCCAGACGAGACGACUGCGCUCAUUCCUCAUGGAAUUAUCAAGACGACUGCAAAGGGAAAGGAGCGUGACAAAGCCAUGGACCAACACCAGUACUACGAGUUUGGAGGUCCCUGGGGAGUCACAGCAAUGAUGCUCUUCUUCCCUGUACUCAUGUACUAUUUCUGGAUCUGCCUCUGGUUCUACGACGGCCAGUUGACCCACCCGCACUCUCUCAACGAUGUUGUACCGUUUAUUCAGCGCAUGUGGGGUCAUGUAAAAAAGGACGCUGCUCCGACGCCCUAUACUUUUGCCAUCUACACCGGUCUGAUGGCCUUUGAGCUUGCUCUCGCAUUUGUCAUGCCUGGUUACGAACAACAGGGUCUUCCCGUGCCCUCCCUCAACUACAAGACGUUGACUUACCAUUGCAACGCCUUGUCCUCUUUCUAUGCGACUCUCUUCACCGUUGCUGUACUCCAUGUCACUCACAUCUUCCGUAUCACCGACAUUAUGAACAACUUUGGCUCGAUGAUGACUGUAGCCAUGAUCUGGGGUUGGGCCGUCUCGUUCCUCACCUACUAUAUCACCAUCUGGAAGGGGCAGCAAAUGCGCAUGUCUGGCAACUUUUUCUACGACUUUUGGAUGGGUGCUCCUCUUAACCCACGCAUUGGUAUCGUUGACCUCAAGAUGUGGGCCGAAGUCCGUAUUCCUUGGGUCCUCCUUUUCCUCAUCGCUGUAUCGGGUGCCUGCAAGCAAUACGAAGACUAUGGCUAUGUCACGCCGAACAUGGCGUUCAUGGUCCUUGCCACUGGCCUGUACAUCAACGCUUGUGCCAAAGGUGAAGAAUGUAUUCCUCAGACCUGGGAUAUGUACCACGAAAAAUGGGGCUUCAUGAUCAUCUUCUGGAACUUUGCCGGAGUUCCUUUCACCUACUGUUACUCCGUCGUCUACAUGGCUUCGCACGAUCCCUCCACGUAUCGUUUCAGCACACCAGUCUACGUCGCGCUCUACGCCCUCCUCUUAACCGCAUACUAUAUCUUUGACACCUCGAUGUCCCAAAAGAGCCGUUUCCGCAUGCAAAUGCAGGGCAUAACAAAGUUCCGCAAAGCGUUCCCUCAAUUACCCUGGAGCAUUGUCAAGAAUCCCACCUUUGUCCAGACAGAACACGGAAAUCGCCUGCUCACCAGUGGCUGGUGGGCUUAUGCUCGCAAAAUUAACUACACUGCCGACUGGUUCCAAUCACUCUCCUGGGGUCUCUGCGUCGGCUUUGUGUCGCCAAUCCCAUACUUCUAUCCUGUAUUCUUCCUCGUCGUCCUCGUCCACCGCUGUGGCAGGGACUUUGAGCGGUGCGCGAUGAAGUAUGGCGAGGACUGGAAGAAGUACUGUGACAUUGUCAAGUACAAGUUUAUCCCUUAUGUUUACUAA